AGGCGGAGGAGGCAGGCGGAGGGCUGGGACACGGGAGAAGAGGGGCGCCGCCGAGCUUCUGCGCCCUUUCCUGAGCGGGCGUGCGGCUGCGGCUUCCUUCUUGACCGGCUUCCCCGCUAGGCAGGAUCUUCUGCUGUGAAGACGUUACCUAAGUGCCAGCAGAUCUGACCCACGAAGCCUGGAAAGAGAAGACCAUCAGGUUGUUGGGCGCGGUGCCGUCCAGCUCCACCUCCCCUAGAGGCCCCCGGACCUGAGGCAGAGGUGGAAGUGGGGUGGCCUGGCUCCCCUCCUGCAGACCCAUGGCGCGUCGGCUCCAGUUAAAACUGCUGACGUGGGACGUGAAGGACACGCUGCUCAGGCUCCGCCACCCCGUGGGGGAGGAAUAUGCCGCCAAGGCCCGGGCCCAUGGGCUGGAGGUGGAGGCCGCGGCCCUGGGACAGGCCUUCGGGCGGGCGUACAGGGCUCAGAGCCACAGCUUCCCCAGCUAUGGCCUGAGCCGCGGCCUCACCUCCCGCCAGUGGUGGCUGGAUGUGGUCCUGCAGACCUUCCACCAGGCAGGCGUUCGGGAUGCCCAGGCUGUGGCCCCCAUCGCUGAGCAGUUGUACGAGGACUUCAGCAGUUCGCGCACCUGGCAGGUGUUGGAGGGGGCUGAGGCCACCCUGAGGGGGUGCCGAAAACGAGGUCUGAGGCUGGCAGUGGUCUCCAACUUUGACCGACGACUGGAGGACAUCCUGGCGGGUCUUGGUCUGCAGGAACACUUCGAGUUUGUGCUGACCUCCGAGGCUGCCGGCUGGCCCAAGCCCGAUCCCCGCAUUUUCCAUGAGGCCUUGCGCCUUGCUCAGGUGGAACCGGCAGUGGCAGCCCACAUUGGGGACAGUUACCACUGUGAUUACAAGGGAGCACGGGCCGUAGGUAUGCACAGCUUCCUGGUGGCUGGCCCUGAGCCUUUGGACCCUGCGGUCAAGGAUUCUGUACCCCAAGAACACGUCCUCCCCUCACUGUCCCAUCUCCUGCCUGCCCUUGACUGCCUGGAGGGCUCACCCCCAGGGCUUUGAGUCUGGCGAGGGAAGCGGUCGGGCCCAACAGACACUGGAGACAGGGAGCCCCUUCCUUCCCUGAGAUCUGGCCUUCACCCCUCCCCCUGCAGCCUCCAUAAUGCAUUCGGACUAUA